UGGGUAUAUUUUAUCGGUUGCCUCGAGGCGGCGGGAAGGAAGCGCCCGUGGACAAGGGCGAGAGAAGGGGAGCUUGGCGCUCGCUCGGCCCGGCAGUGUGAGGAGCCAGGCUGAGGCGGGCACGAGGACCGCCCGCUCCCCUUUGCCGGGCGCUGCUGCUGCUGCUUUGUAGGCCCUGACGGGAGAGGCGGGCCCGGCCUCCUCAGGGCGCGGCGCGGCGGUUCAUCCGUGCGAGGAGCGACGCCGGCGGGAGAGAGAAUGAGGCGGGAGGGCCGCUGCGGCGCUCGAGCCGGGCUGAGAUUUGGUGCUUAAAAAUGCACUGAUUUCUUAUUAGCACAAUUCAAUAUUUGACCAAAAAAGGCAUCAUGUCUAAAGAGAUGAAAGAACUCCAGAAAGGGUGGCACUCAGUCAUGGAAACUGUUCAUAGCAACCCACAUGUUGUUGCUUUUAUGAACUCUCGAGUUGGCCAGUACUUAGAUGACCAUCCUUUCGUUGCCCUGUCAAUGUUGGUCUUCAUUGCAGCGUCUGCAAUUCCAGUUGCAUUCUUUCUGGUUUUUGUUGUUGCCACAACUGUAGUUGCCUGCAUUGGAGUGAUUGUCAUGGAAGGUUUUGUAAUCUCGUUGGGAGGACUCACCCUGCUGUGUGUGCUUGGCGGAUUGGGCAUGCUAUCUCUGGCUGUGUCUGGAGUGCUCAGUGUUUGUUACAUGUCUCUUACUACUCUGCUCAGCUACUGGCCCACUCCAGACAGUCUGUCAAAGAAAGAAAUAGCUAACGGAAGCAGGUUUCUGCCCAGCAACCCUCCUGCCUUAGACCAAGAUGAUGCUAAUAAGAAGACUGAAUAAAUUUGACUGGUGCUUCCAAACACUUCCAAGAGCAGCACUUUUUAAAAAAAAUGCAUAUUUUUGAAGGAAUUGUUACAUUUUCAUGACUACUUGCCUGUCAGAAUGCUCAAGUCUUGGUUUCUGGGAUAGUAGUGAUAAGAACAGUGAAUAAAUUGGAUUGGUGCUUGGAAUAGCAUCCUUCAGUAGCACUUAAAAAUACAGAGUUUUGAAAGAACUGUUACAUUCUUGAAAUGUUUACCUGUUAGAAUGGUUUAUUGUUUCUGGAACCUGGAGACCAGUUUUUCUUCCAGUUGUCAUUAUAAUGACUGAACCAUCAUUAAAUGUGUUGUCAUGUGCUGGACAACUCAGCCACUAUAGAACAGGGUCCCAUUCUCUUCUUCCAUGUUUAUCUCCCAUGUAGGUCAGUGGAUAUUUUGUGUGAGAGGGAGUACUGCUGGUCUUACAGCUUGUUCAACUUGGAGCAUGAAAUUCUUCUAACUAACAGGAAGUAAAAUUCAACAGUGCUGGUAAUAGUACUUUUUUGAAUGUGGAACAAGACAUUCAAGCCUUUAAAAAAAUCUUACAACACUCAUUGUGAUAAUUGAGCUAGUACCUUGUCAAAGAUACAGGUGGAAAACAAGUAGUUAAAGGGCAUAUCUCUCUAUGAGUGUGGGUUUUGUUUUUUAAUAGCUUGAGCACUUUUGUUGUGUUUUAAAUUAUUCAGAAGUGAUAUGCUUCUAGUUUGGUCUUUCUCAUGUUUUCCAGAGGUUUGGGGCUUAGCAGAAUACCAGACAGUUACGCAUUGUGCCUUAUUUUAUGUGAGUGUUUCAAAAUUAAUGUAUUUCAGACCAGGUGUUUUCAUGCUCAAACAUUUUUUUUUAAUAAUAGCAACACUUUUGCUGUCUUGCCUAACUGGUAAUGCCAUUGUAAGACAUACUUUGCCACUAAACAGCUACUUGUUUAUCCAA